AUGAAUAGAGACAAGAGCGAGAGGACCGACAAGCCCUCGGGGCCGUGCAGGUCCCGGAGCGGCUCGCUACCGCCGGCAGGCAGGUCUGGCUGCCAGAACCUGCCGCCUGCAAACGCUCCCGAGCCGACGGGCAGCGCCGGAUGCUCGCGUCCACACGCAGCCCGGAGCCGCGGGCGCCGCAGGCCGCGGACCGCGCUGCCGCCAGCACCUGCUGACCCAGCGUCCGCUCCGGACCCCCGCCGCCCACCACCCAGCCCACACGCCAGCUGCGCGGCCGCUCCCGCGGAGGCCCCGUCCUCUCCGCACCCGGCCGCGGCCGAACGGCGACCACCCCUCGCAGCGCGGCCCCGAGCCCCCGCGCCCGACUUGAGCCCCGCCAGCGCCCCGCCCGGCGCGGCCCCCGCCCGCCUCCGCCCGGCCUCCCGCGGGACGCCGCCGCCGCAGGCCCCGCGGCCCAGCCUGCAGCCCCUCGGCCGCUCGCCCCCAGCGCUGCCCCCGCCGCGGGAGCUGGGUGCGGCCUGCGGCGCCGCAGCCCAGCAACGCGCCACCCUAUAG